AUGUCAAAACUCACUUUUAUCAUUGUUGCGUUCCUAUUCUUGACAGUAUGCAUUUCUGCUCAGAAUAUUAACAAUAUUUUCCCUCUGAUUAGUUCUCUUGAUGAAGAAGAUAAGUUAGGACUCAGAGGAGUUGCUUACAAUAUUUCACAACCAAUUGUGCAUUUUCCAACAAUUCUUCAAGGAGCACGUGUUGCAAUUAUGGCAUCACAUUGUUUUGAAGAGGUAGAUUUAACAUUCCCAUACAUUUAUUUGACAAGCAGAGGUGCAACUGUCGACAUUGUUGGACCAAGUUGGACAGUUGACAGAAAAAUAGUUUCAUGUCAAUAUGUUCGUGCAAACAGAGUUGUUUCUAUCAACAAGACAUUCAAGGAAGCAUACCUUUUGCAAUAUGAUGCCUUAUUUAUUGCAGGAGGAGCUUGGUCAACUGCCACAAUGAGAACUGACAGCGAUGCUAUUUCUCUAAUUCAAAAAACAUACAAUUAUGGAAACAUGAUUGGCACAAUUGACAUGUCUUCUUCAUUAUUGAUCAAUGCUGGAUUGAUUAAGGGAAAGAAAGUGACAGGAGCACCUGCCAUACGUCAAGAUUUGGAAAAUGCUGGAGCUGAAUACAGAGAUUCAACAGUUGUCAGAUCUGAUUUGUUUAUUUUUUCUGGUAGAGCACCUGAAGAUAUUGCAGAAUUGACAGAAGCAAUUGCUGAGUGUAUUGUUGGACGUCAUUAA